CCUGCAAGAAGCGUCCGUAUAGUUGUAGUUUGUGUACUUCGUCCUAAUAUACAGCCUUUACAACACCCAAUAAUGAAUAAUAAGCAUAUUAGUAAUCCAUUUAAAAAAUAUUACAUUAUCAAGCUGCCUCCGCAGUCUUUUACCAAUCUUAAUGCUAAAGAAUAAUCCAAAUCACCGACACAUUACGUCAUAUAUAAAAACAUUCACCAAAAACGAAAUUCAUUCGAAAUACGCAUUAGCAUAAUUCUCAAUUUCGUUUCGUCCUGUAUUAAAAUACGGAUGUUCCGUUAAGGUCGCUUGUCUCGUUUGUCUCACCAGAUCUUGCCCCAUUUUUCACCUACGCUUUAACCCUUUUCCCUCAGUGAUUAUCAUGGCAUACGAUUAACAUCGUAUAGCUAGCCGGCAACUUCCAUGCAGUGCUCAAUCAGCAAAUCUCCACCGUACGCUACGUACGGAAACAUUAUAGCACCAGUAGCUGUAUACAGCGGCAACUAUUGUCCUCGACUCUCCUAGAGUGGCUGUGUCGUUUCAUCCACAACUAAAAUUGCGCGGGCCUCCUCCUCGCGGUGGGAACACUCAGCUGCAUCGAAGGGCCAGUAGCUAAGUUGCAGCAGCAGUUGUACACAUAGACACGGCCAGAGUGCAGUAGGUGGAGCCUCGUACAUUGUAGAAACAUCAAAGCAACAGCAGUGAGCAACACAAGUGCAUAUGUGUGUGAGUACGUGUGUAUGUGCGUGUGAGAGUGACCGUGACGUACUGUCCUAACAGAGCAGUCAUAGCGGCUAUAAAUGGAUCUUCGGCAUCAGGCGACAAUAAUUACAUCAGCAACGUUAACGACGUUAACCGACUGACGGUGAUCGUCUGGAGAACCCAACGUGAGCUACGAACGGCAGUACUGCUAAGCGUAAGGUAGGGCAGCACUGGUGGUGGUGGUGAGGAGGCGCCGACAAUAUUGGGAUGCUGAUAUGAGGGCGUGUGAUCGUGAGCGAAACAGGUACGGCUGACGACAGCGGAAUUGAACAAGUGUUAUCGCAUUAAAGGCCACGUUCCAGUAGCUGAUGGGACUUCAGAGUUCAGUUAAUAAAAAAAAAAGUAAACUUAAUAUUCGUGGCAGGAGAGUGGAGGCCCAGAGGCGAAAGCAACAGGCAAAAACGCUUUAUGCAGCUUCAUGUUAGACAUAUUUCGUCGUAUAGAAAACUAGCAUCGAGCGUCCGGUUCUAUGUGACCGUUGGCAGAAGUGAGAUCCUUUACGGUCAGAGGCGCAACGGCUACUUGGAGAAAACCCUUCCAGUGUGCAGGUGAAGUGGCGGUGAGAACAACUAUACAGGUGUGAAGGUGUUAUAGAAACAUGUUUGGACGACGGGGCUGGUUCGGGGGUUGGGGCUCGAAACCUCGGAACCUCCAUAGCACCGAGCAUUUGAAGUACCUGUAUGCGGUGCUGUGCAAAAACCAGGUGGUCACAGAGCAGAAUAAAGAUCUUCUGGUAGAGACUCUAAGAAGCAUUUCUGAAAUCCUGAUAUGGGGCGAUCAGAAUGAUGGAUCGGUGUUUGAUUUUUUCCUUGAGAAAAACAUGCUUUCAUAUUUUGUUAAAAUUAUGCGCCAUAAACAGGGCCGAUUCGUGUGCACGCAGCUGCUGCAGACGCUGAACAUUCUCUUCGAGAAUAUACGACAGGACACCUCUCUCUAUUACUUGUUGUCAAACAAUCAUGUUAAUUCCAUUAUCGUCCACAAAUUUGAUUUCACGGAUGAGGAGGUUAUGGCGUACUAUAUUUCGUUUAUUAAGACGUUGUCGCUUAAGUUGACAUCACAUACGAUACACUUUUUCUACAACGAGCACACCAAUGACUUCCCGCUAUACACGGAGGCGAUUAAGUUCUUCAAGCAUCCGGAAUCAAUGGUGCGGAUCGCUGUUCGAACGCUUACGCUAAAUGUCUUCAAAGUACAAGACGAGGCCAUGCAGCGAUUCAUUCGCGAUAAGACAGCGGCUCCGUACUUCUCUAAUCUCGUUUGGUUUAUCGGCAAGAACGUCCUCGAGUUGGACACAUGCGUCGCCGCUGCUGCUACAGACCACAAAGCACAAGGGCGACUCGCUGAUUUAGUUGCUGAACACCUCGAUCAGCUCCACUAUCUCAACGAUAUCCUUUGCCUAAACAUCGCCCCGCUGAACGAAGUCCUCACUGAUCACCUACUCAACAGAUUAUUUCUUCCAUUGUAUAUUUACUCGUUGACUGGUACAAAAACAUCGCCGGCAAGUCGAACGUCACCUCAUGUUUCACCAAUCUUAGCCCUAUUCCUUCUCAAUCAAGUAUUCUUAAUCAUAUCUCACAGGCCCCUCGUCCGCCAGCUGGCGGAUGUUCUAUUUAACGGUACAAUGGAGAUAUUCAAUAAGGACAACACUCAGAGCUCAAACGGUGAUAGUACAGGAGACGGUGUCGCAACCACUGGUACCGGCAGUUUGGCACUGGAAAAUUACAGCGGUCGCUUCAGGCCAGAAUUUAUACCGCCGGAGGAGCCACUUGAGUUGAGUUUGCAGUCAACAUCGAGUGGGACUCCAUCACUGUCUGGGUCAGGCUCCGAGGCUGAGGAGACUGAUGCUGCUGUAACUGAUGUAGGCACUAAAAAGUCUUCAAAAGAUUCACUGACAUCAGCUGGCGGUGGAGCGGCUGUGGACUUCAAUGAGGUUCAACCGAGUAAUCAAAUUGUCGUCGAUGUCGGCCGCGAAAAUGCGCGGUUCACCCCAACUUCAAAGUUGAAAAAUGACGCAAACGGUAGCGACGUAGUAGAGGUUGAAGAGGGUGAAGAAGCUGUUGCAAUGCAUACGGGAAGCAAUAUCACAGAUGAAGAGAAGAUCCGACAGCAAGGCUUGCCUUUAUCAGUUGACGAGCCGCAGACCGGAAUAGCUCGAGAAGUAGUUGCAAAUAAUUCUAGUCUAAAUAGUCAGCAUUUUAGUUUAUCUGAUGGCGUAAGUUCUGGUGCGGCCGAUGACGAAGCGGAAGAAUCUGACAAUGCAAUCCUUGAUCUCCAUCGGCGACCAUUCCUUAGCGCAAUUUUUGACGCCCUCAACGUGGAAAAUAGCGACCAUGGCGCAUUGUUUGCAUUGAGUUUGCUAUAUGCGCUGGGUCACAACUCCGACGGAAUUAACCAGGAAUUACUAGACACGAUUCUGUUGCCAGCAGAGCGCUGCGCAGUAAAGGACGGCUAUAAUGGCGCACUGAUGACCCGGCUGAUGCGGAUUAUUCGCCAUGCGUGCGUCUAUGGGACCCGAGUCCGACUAGCUACCCUUGAAAUGGCCAUUCUUCUCAUUAAGCAGUUGGCCGUCAUCCCGGCCGAUGCUCAACGGACCCCCAGUCCUAUGCGGCCGCAAUCACCCCAGGAGUCAGCGACCUCUAGAUCCUCGCCAGGAUCCGAGGCGCUGCCAGAUAAUGUCUCAAGAACUUUAUUACCAGCUUUAGUAAGCGGUAAUUAUAAUCAUUGUAGCAAUAAUAGCGAGCAACAACGUCAGCAGUCUCAACAGCAACAAUCUACUAGUUGUCUUCGCGAAGCGCAUCUAUAUUUAGUUAAGCGCGCCCGGGACGAGAGCGCUCUCUUGUUGAAAGGAUUCCUCAAGAGCGAUGAGAUCUUCCUGGACAUGUUCGAAGAGGAGUACGAACAAGGACUGAAGGCGCUCAAUGUUGAGUAUCUCAUGAUGGAUGGUAACUUACUACUACCGCCCAUCGGGACACCAAUGAGUGGGCUCGAUUUUCAUAAGCGUCUGCCGUGCGGCGAGGUCGAACGAGCUAUCCGGGCGAUAAGAGCUUUCUUCUUAAUUAGGCAUUUGUGCUUAGUUCUUCGUGGCGAAGCUGAAACUGAACUUCCGCUUACGAAGGAGUCCGACUUGGUUCGCGUUGGCCAGGUGUUGGACCUAACUAAUAACGAUUUAGUUGCUUGUACUGUCUACACCAUUAAGGAUAAUUCCAAACUCAAGCGGUUUAUGGUUAUCGAUAGCGCACAGGUCAUCCUUGUGAAGCCAGAAGCAACUCGUUUAGGAUUCGGCGUGGUACGUCUUGCUGGCCUGCUGCAAGACAUUGAGGUCACAGGCGAUCAGCAUGAUAGCCGUGCCCUUCACAUUACUAUUCACAGAGCAAGCUGUGAAGCUGGUGGACGACAGGGUGGGGCAGGCAGUGGGACAGCCUCACGGGCUGCGGCUCACGGUCCACCCAAGAGGCCACCACUGCUUGCGGCCAAGUUCAUAUUCGACGAUCAUAUACGGUGCAUGGCAGCCAAGCAAAAGUUGACCAAAGGCCGCCUUCGGGCGAGGCAGAAGAAGAUGCAGCAAAUUGCCAAACUUCUUGAUAUGAACAUCUCUUCCGCCUCGCCCACUCCCGGCCUACCUGUACCGUUGCUCGGGGCACCGGGUUCCAUGACGGAGGUGCCGGGUGGCCACCGUCUUCUCAGCCGUUCAGGAUCAGGUUCAACGUCAAGUGAUUCUAGUCAUUUGCCAAGGGGAGACGGAGGUCCGGCUGGUGGCACAGGUGUUACAGGACGCUCGUCUACGCAUCGUUCGCGUCUCGCAACGGAAUACGCCUUUUACGAGGCGCAGCCGGUCUUCGGCAGUGGCAGCCGAAUGGGGGAGUCAACGGUUAGACCAAAGAUCCCUGGUUCGGCAGUUCCAGCGUUCGUUAGUUCGUCGCGGACCUCGGGCGAUCGACGGCGCGUUACAAGUCUACCUGUAGAUAUCAAAGAUUCGAGACGCAAGCAACGUUCCAUGUCGCGUUCGCGGGAGUCGUCACCGCGCACGUUCCCCGCCGAUGAGGAGAUUCCCCUUGAGGAUUUGUCAGGUCACUCGUCACCCCGGUUCUCGCGCGGAGGUUCUCCACUCUGCUCGCCAACCAGACAGCUACAGCAGCAACUGAAUCAUCAGAGAUCAAGUAGCUUCAGCAAUACGAACAGCAGCGGCUGUGGCCCGUACGUUAACGGUGUCCACAGCAAUCACUGUGAUAAUACCAGUAGUUUUAGUCAUAGCACUAACUUAGUAAAUGGCGCGAAUACUGGAACAAUCUCCGACAAGUUUAUUCAAGAACAACAGCACGGUCCCCCUAGUGGCUAUGCUCAGUCACCGUCUGGAGCGCGAAAUCUCUGCGAAACCUCCCUCGAUCAGCUGAUGGGCCCGUCACGUCAGUCAAAUCCUACAGCAACCCCUACUAGAGGACAGGUCUACGAUAUAUGAAUGAACAUCGAACGAAGCCACUGGCACACAAAAAGGUCUGAAGGACGUAAAGGCCAAGACUAUUUUUAACCUGAAUGUGUGCGGCAACGUACUAUGAUGUGCAAGCUUGCUGUAGCCGUGCGGAAAGCAUCGUUGCAUUGGUUUUUUUCGACCGAGUAACAAGUGAGGACUGAAAGAUUAUGAUCUAUCUAGUCAAAUCGAUAGAGUUCAGCUGUUGCUCACCUUUUACAUAGAGAACUGAAGACAAUGAGAAAAAGUGGGAAAUUAGUAUUCGAUCAUUUUGUGAACGAAUUGAGAAAAAUGACAUGCUUGUUCCUUCGCACGUCCUGGAAGACGUGUAAAUAACGCUGGAUUAGUAAAUGAUCAGUAAUAUAUAUUGGUAAGAAAAACGAGAGCUUUGAUAAACAAUGACCAAAUUGCUUCCUACAAAGCUGCGAUGAGAUAAAUGCUGAAUUAUAGAAGUUACGAACACCAUCGUAGUGGGAAAUCGUUUCCCACAAUGGUAGCCAUCGAAAUACAAAUAAAAAUGUUUGUCAUCGCUCGACACAAAUCGAAUAUUUACAGGUAAUUAUAAACCUGUAUGGAUACGACAUGUUAGGUGCCUAUUUACGUUUAGCGAAACGUUGUAACUGUCUUUUGUUAGGGUGCGCCGUGCCGGCCGGAAGGAAGACAGCUGGAGAUGAUGCUAUUAAAUGAAGGAAAAUCAAAACAUAUGUCGAAGAAAUGUUUUCUACCAAAAAGACAAAUUAUUGCGAUACAUUCUGUUGUCUGUUCGACGGGGUCAGCUCAAAUACAUAACACAACCUGUGCACCUAUUUAUACUGUUGUAAUUAUCAACGAGUCCAGAAAUAAUAAUCAUUAAUCAACAAAAAUAAUUAUUAUAGAUAUGAAAGGGAGGAAAUGUUACGCCACAUGUGUGAUAGGCAAUUUACAAGACGUUCUACCAAAGCGACAGAGACUGUCCGAGGUUGGUAAAACAAAGAAGCCCUGUGGUGUCUAAAGUUCCAAGGCUGACGAAGUAUAGCCUAAAACUAUCUUAGUUAGAAAUAAGAUUGUUGUAUUUAAUUAUUGAAAAGAAAAGUCUAUAGAAAUAGAAGACACUAGACUUAAAUGGCCGUAUGUUAAUUACAUAGUAGCCUAACAUGCUCUGGCUGCAGCUCGAAGAAAAUGUGCCGGAGAAGAUGCAACUGCGUAAUUUUAAGUGAAGUGAGUGAUGGAACGUGUCUGUGAAUGUUCGACUUAGUGCAUAGGUGUAAUUAACAAGAAAUUAUAAUGGAAUUUAGUCAGGGGAAAGCACUCCAUGACACAGCUGGGCGAAACAAACGAGACGGCUAAAUAAAGUAAAAAGUUGAAGAUUGAUAA